CUGUUUAGUGGGCGGGACGUUCAACGGGCUGUAGUUCCGUCAUCCCUCUCAUCUCCGGGGCUACAGGGGGCCAAUGUUGAUUUGGACGAAUUUCCUUCGAAAUAGGUGGACAUUGGAUUGGAAAAAACAAUUUGCCGACGUGAAGGCUUUCGACUGACAACACCGCAUCCCCGCCCUCCCCUUUGCUGUGUUUUUUUGGGCGCUGGGGUGAAGGUGGGAAGCCAGGGGGCCUCGCUCGGAGGGGCUGCAAGGAGGUAUCGGAGAAGACUGGCUCCUCCGCGUUCAGACGGAAGCGCGGCUGCACCCUCGCGGUAUCAGUCGGUUCCAAAUCGACACAUUGUUUGGAUUUAGGAAAUAGCGUCCUGUCCAAAUCGAGCUUUGACCUGCUUGGCGGAGCCCGAGAGUGAGCCAUCCUCCGUUGACAGGUUGUCAUCAUGGGCAACGCGCCCACGGCCAGGAAGGGCAGCGAGAUGGAAAGCGUCAAGGAGUUCCUUGCUAAAGCCAAAGAGGACUUCCUGAAGAAGUGGGAGAACCCUGAACAGAACACUGCAUGCCUGGAGCAGUUUGAGAGGUUGAAAACUCUAGGCACGGGCUCAUUUGGUCGUGUUAUGCUGGUGAGGCACAGAGAAACGGGACAGCAUUACGCCAUGAAGAUCCUCAACAAACAGAAGGUGGUCAAGCUCAAGCAGAUAGAGCACACUCUGAAUGAAAAGAGAAUUCUUCAGGCCGUUAACUUUCCUUUCCUUGUGCGUUUAGAGUACUCGUUCAAGGACAACACUAACCUUUACAUGGUGAUGGAGUAUGUGCCAGGUGGGGAGAUGUUCUCCCAUCUACGAAGAAUUGGCAGAUUUAGUGAGCCUCAUGCUCGGUUCUACGCUGCUCAAAUUGUACUGACCUUCGAGUACCUGCAUGCUUUGGACCUGAUCUACAGAGAUCUGAAGCCAGAAAACCUUCUCAUAGACCAACAGGGCUACAUACAGGUGACAGAUUUUGGCUUUGCCAAACGUGUAAAAGGCAGGACCUGGACACUGUGUGGCACACCAGAAUAUCUAGCUCCUGAAAUCAUCCUCAGCAAGGGAUACAACAAGGCAGUGGACUGGUGGGCCCUGGGCGUGCUGGUCUAUGAGAUGGCAGCUGGGUACCCCCCUUUCUUUGCUGACCAGCCUAUUCAAAUCUAUGAGAAGAUUGUAUCGGGGAAGGUGCGUUUCCCGUCCCACUUCAGCUCCGACCUGAAGGAUCUCUUGAGAAACCUGCUGCAGGUUGAUCUUACUAAACGCUAUGGGAAUCUCAAGAACGGGGUCAACGACAUAAAGGGACACAAGUGGUUUUCAACUACUGACUGGAUUGCCAUUUACCAGAAAAAAGUGGAAGCUCCGUUCGUCCCCAAGUUUAAGGGACCAGGCGACACCAGUAACUUUGACGACUACGAGGAGGAGGAGAUCCGCAUUUCCUUCAAUGAGAAAUGUGCCAAGGAAUUUGCUGAGUUCUAGAGUGAGUGAAUUAGGGAAGCAAGGGGAGUGAGAGCUUUGCUGGUCAUGUGGGAGAUCUAAGGAGGAGCAUCUUGUCUCCUGUCACAAUCACAAGCACCAGCUGCAAAAAGAAAGGAAAAGGAUUGAACAAGCAGACUGAUAACCAGCAGUGUUGCCUUUUUCUGUUCUACUUUCUUUAUGAUUCGGUCUCAUUUAUGGAUCCCUUUAUAAUGAAGGUGUGCUUCAGAAUCGCCUCUACGGUUUCUUCCCUGCUGGUAUGGUUUCAUUCUUCACAUUUGCGGCCCAAGAGAGGCAAAGGCAUCUGUUAGACUCAACUGAUCCAUUUCUUUGUCAUAUAUGAAGAUCACUGGGACUGGGCCAAAUCUGAAGUCUGCACUGAUUUUUUUUUUUAAUUGACACAAUUGGUCAUCUUGCUCUUCCUCUGGUGAGCAUCACAAGUUUUAAAGCACUUAAAACCGACAUAGAUACACAUUAGAAUUGAAAGGCUUUGGUUUUGCAAAUUAGUUUUGUUCAUGUUGUAAGCUGUCAAGUCACCAAUGUGAUUGGAUGAUAGAAACAUCAAUCAUGUAUUGCAGACAGAAGUCACUCUUGAUGAUAGUGUGUGUCUGUAUUUACUCUCAUUGAGACAUGGCAACUUUGUCCUUCUCUGCAGCACUCACUUUUAAAUGUUCAAAUGUGUCUCCGGUGAUAUCAUGUCAUGCUAACUAACACAAAGACAUGUUUUAAUAGUGUGGAGGAACACAAAAUAUUACAUAAUGGUAUCUCAGGUUCAAACAUAUCGCUCGUAGGGGACAUCGGAUAAACAUAGCUAACACGGAAAUGGAAGUUUAAAUUUCUGGUCAGAAUUCAAAGGGAAAAAAAGGGAAUCUUUUUAGAUAUUUGAUUAGUGUCUUCCACAUUUCUUGUCCUUCCAUUUGGUUUUGUGACUGGACAAAAGCCUGUGCUGUUUGUGCUCAGAUCUCACCUAGUUUGCAUGUUUUUGCCCUGAAAGAGACUAUCUGAGGCAGAGCACGUCAAAAUGGUUCUGGGUUACCAGAGCAUUUCUGAUCUGCCAUUGAUGCUGGUCUUAUUUGUGUCGGUUUUUUUGUUUUGUUUUGUUUUUUAAUGUUGUUGUUGUUUUUUUUAAAAUAUCCUACUCAUUCCUCUUGUCACUUGAAAUGUUGAUGACUAUGGCAAAUUUAGCCCAUCAAUUUCUUUUUUCAAAUGUUUUAUUCCAUAUCGUGAUAGGAAGAAAAAAACGACUAACAGACCAUUGAACUGGCCAGCAAAAGGAAGAGCAUCUGCAGCUAUUUUUUUUUUUGGAGAGGCUAACAUGGUUCUUAGUGCGCUGUAUACAGUACUCUCACUGGUUCUCAUAACGAUUUAGUAGGUUUAGUUAAUUAAAAAACGGUUCAGGUUUUUAUCAGUUAAAGAAAGAACAGUAUGAAACAGGGGCUAUUGCAGUGUAGUUGUCCAUCAUUUUGUAGAGGUACAGUGGGCCAAAUAAGUAUUUAGUCAACCACUAGUUGUACAAGUUCUCCCACUUGAAAAUAUUAGAGAGUUCUGUAAUUGUCAACAUUGGUAAACCUCAACCAUGAGAGACAGAAUGUGAGGGAAAAAACAGAAAAUCACAUUGUUUGAUUUUUAAAGAAUUUAUUUGCAAAUCAUGGUGGAAAAUAAGUAUUUGAUCAAUACCAAAAGUUAAUCUCAAUACUUUGUUAUGUACCCUUUGUUGGCAAUAACGGAGGCCAAACGUUUUCUGUAACUCUUCACAAGCUUUUCACACACUGUUGCUGGUAUUUUGACCCAUUCCUCCAUGCAGAUCUCUUCUAGAGCUGUGAUGUUUUGGGGCUGUCGUUGGGCAACACGGACUUUCAACUCCCUCCACAGAUUUUCUAUGGGCUUGAGAUCUAGAGACUGGCUAGGCCAGCUUCUUACGAAGCAACUCCUUUGUUGCCUUGGCGGUGUGUUUGGGAUCAUUGUCAUGCUGAAAGACCCAGCCACGUCUCAUCUUCAAUGCCCUUGCUGAUGGAAGGAGAUUUUCACUCAAAAUCUCUCGAUAUAUGGCCCCAUUCAUUCUUUCCUUUACACAGAUCAGUCGUCCUGGUCCCUUUGCAGAAAACAGCCCCAAAGCAUGAUGUUUCCAUCCCCAUGCUUCACUGUGGGUAUGGUGUUCUUCGGAUGCAAUUCCGUAUUAUUUCUUCUCCAAACACGAAACCUGUGUUUCUACCAAAAAGUUCUAUUUUGGUUUCAUCUGACACAUUCUCACAGUCCUCUUCUGGAUCAUACAAAUGCUCUCUAGCGAACCGCAGACAGGCCUGGACGUGUACUUUCUUUAGCAGGGGGACACAUCUGGCAGUGCAUGAUUUGAGUCCCUGGCGGCGCAUUGUGUUACUGAUAGUAGCCUUUGUUACUGUGGUCCCAGCUCUCUGUAGGUCAUUCACUAGGUCCACCCAUGUGGUUCUGGGAUUUUUGCUCACCGUUCAUUAUGACGCCACGUUGUGAGAUCUUGCAUGGAGCCCCCGAUCGAGGGAGAUUAUCAGUGGUCUUGUGUGUCUUCCAUUUUCUAAUAAUUGCUCCCACAGUUGAUUUCUUUACACCAAGCGUUUUACCUAUUGCAGAUUCAGUCUUCCCAGCCUGGUGCAGGUCUACAAUUUUGUCUCUGGUGUCCUUCGACAGCUCUUUGGUCUUGGCCAUAGUGGAGUUUGGAGUGUGACUGACUGAGGCUGUGGACAGGUGUCUUUUAUACCGAUAAUGAGUUAAAACAGGUGCCAUUAAUACAGGUAACGAGCGGAGCCUCGUUAAACCUCUUUAGAAGAAGUUGGACCUCUUUGACAGCCAGAAAUCUUGCUUGUUUGUAGGUGACCAAAUACUUAUUUUCCACUCUAAUUUGGAAAUAAAUUCUUUAAAAAUCAAACAAUGUUGUUUUCUGUUUUUUUUCCACAUUCUGUCUCUCAUGGUUGAGGUUUACCCAUGUUGACAAUUACAGGCCUCUCUAAUUUUUUUUAAAGUAGGGGAACUUGCACAAUUGGUGGUUGACUAAAUACUUAUUUGCCCUACUGUAUAUGAUGUGGGCUCAAUGGUCCAUUGGCAUUUUCUAAGCAUCCAUUGAUCCAUCAAUCAUCUGCCGCUUAAUCCAGGGUCAGGUCGCGGGGGCAGCAGCUUUAGCAGGGAAGCCUCGAUUUUCCUCUCUCCAGCCACUUCAACCACCUCCUCUGGUGGGAUCCCAAGGCGUUCCCAGGCCAGCCGAGAGACAUGGUCUCUCCAGCGUGUCCUGGGUCGUCCCCAGGUCCUCCCGUCGGUAGGACAUGCCAGAACACCUCUCCAGGGAGGCGUCCCAUAAGCAUCUGAACCAGAUGCCCGAGCCACCUCAACUGGCUGCUCUUAACGUGGAGGAGUAGUGGCUCGAUGACCCAGCUUAGGAAACUCAUUUCGGCCGCUUGUAUCAAGGGAUCUUGUUCUUUCGGUCCUGACCCACUGCUCGUGACCUUAGGUGAGGGUAGGAACAUAAAUCGACUGGUAAAUUCUUCACCACUACGGACAGGUGCAGAAUCCGCAUAACUGCAGACGCUGCACCGAUCCUCCUGUCGAUCUCCUGCUCCCUCCUACACUCACUCAUGAACAAGAAACCAAGAUAAUUGAACUCCUCCACUUGGGGUUGGAUCUCAUUCCCGACCCGGAGAGGGCACACCACCCUUUUCCAUCUGAGGAACCAUGGUCUCGGAUUUGAAGGUGCUGAUCUUCAGCCCAACUCACACUAGGCUGCGAACCGCUCUAGUGAGAGUUGGGGGUCACGGCUUGAUGAAGCCAACAGCACCACAUAAAAUGCGAAAAAGCAGAGAUGCAAUGCUGAGGCCACCAAACCAGACAAAAAAAAAUUGGAGUGGGGACCGCUUGGUACCUCACGAUAUGAUUUGCGAUACAAAGCUCGCGAUAACGAUGAUCUGACGAUAUGGCGAUACAACGAUUAUCGAUACAUUUGUCGGGAAAUCUUUCGAGGAUAUUCUACAAACGACUAAUAAACAGAAAAACAAGCUUCUGCUGUGAAUUGGAAUGAGUUUAUAACUAGUAGACGUCCAAUCCAUUUGAAGUGGGAGGGUGGCAGCGAAUCAUUCGCUGCCAUCCCUCCCACUUCAAACGGAUUGAACGUCUAUGGAUGUCAGUGGCAGCCAAUGCCAGGCAAUGAGGUAAUUUUGGGCCAUUUAAGGUCAUUUACCUGUUGAUGUUCCGUUACUUCCUGUUGAUUUUGGGGUAUUUUAUGUGUCACUUCCUGUUUAUUUUUAGUUACAGAACAGGAAGUGACCUGGGAAUCACCCAAAGGAAUAGACAGGGACUCAAACUCAACAGGAAAUGACCUGUAAAUGCCCUGAAAAUCGGACAGAAUGACUGUGAAUGCUCUGGUUUCGAAUGAAUGAACGUUCCCAGUCUAAAUGGAUUGGGCGUCGUGCACCGUCAAUGCAGCCUUAGAGUUAAUUGAGACACUAUUAUGGUGGAAGAUUUUGGUAGCAACUUGGUUCCUUUUUUAUUUUUUUUCGAUAUUGACACCUUUUUAAAACGAUAUCUCGAUUCUUGGCAGGAGCAUAUCGAUAACCUUUUGGGAUACAAAGUAUCACGAUAUAUCAACAUUUCGAUAUGUUGUCACACCCAUAACGGACACCCUCAACACUGCACCUAGAAAUUCUGUCCAUAAAAAUUAUGAACAGAAUCGGUGACAAAGGGCAGCCUUGGCUGAGUCCAACUCUCACUGGGAACGAAUUCGACUUACUGCUGACAAUGCGAACCAAACUCUGACACCGGCCGCACAGGGACCAAACAGCCCUUACCAAGGGUUUCGGAACCCCGUAGUCCUGGAACACCUACACAGGACUCCCCAAGGCACACGGUCGAACGCCUUCUCCAAAUCCACAAAACACAUGUAGACUGGUUGAGCGAACUCUCAUGCAACCUCGAUUUUCUAAGCAGUCGCUUAAUUUGAAUAUUUUUGCCCCAUUUGGAACAGGAUUAAUUCAUCUAUCCCUGGCAAAGGUCAACUUUCAAUUUAUUUAUUUUUUCCUCUCUCAUGAAGUGAGAUGGAAUAAUGUUGACGAAUCAAUCUGGUCAGGUACAAUUCAAAACGGCAUGAACACCGUAAUUUUCGGACUAUAAGCCACCACCCACCAAAUUUGACGCACCGGACUAUAAGCCGCAGCUGUGCUCAUUGUAUUAUGGGAUAUUUACACCAAAAGAUAUUAACCGGUGACAAUUUAGUGGAAAGUGGCAUCAAAUGACUCCCAUAAGGCCAAAUGAACCACCAUGAAGUUUUAAACCAAAUGGCUGCAAGGCUUCAUUGCUUCAAGAAGCUUCAUUUGGCCAUCACUGCUCCCUUGGGGGAUACAGUCAAUCUCUGCUGCCACCUGCUGUCAACACUGUUGUUGUCCAACAUGCCUCCUAGCAUGCAUUGCAGCGCUACAUAUGUAAAUAACAAUUAAAAUUCAUGUUUUGUGCUGCUUAUUUCUUCAGUUACUGUUCCAGUUGUUUCAUUAAUUGCUAGUUAUGGUAUUUAGUGACAAUUUAUUUGACAGUGGCGCAAUAAAACUGUCAUAAGACCAUAAUUAUGACAUGACACUAGUGCUGCAACGAUUAAUCGAUUAACUCGAGUAUUCGAUUAGGAAAAAAAAAUAUUUGAAUUAAUUUUUAUUGCUUCGAGGAUUCGUUUAAUUAAAGUGGCUUUGUAAUGGUUUAUUUUGAAAGUGUUUGUAUUUACUUUUAUUGAUUAGGGUGGAUACACUGCCCACUGGUCUGCCUCAUUUCACGUGGCUGAAUCCAACUGCUCCCUGUUAAGAACAACAUAAGCUAAGUUUUUGUUUAAGCUAAUGUUUUGUAAUGCAUUCGUAAUUUCGUUUAUAGAUAUAUUUAGCCGUUUUUUGUGGGAGUAAGUGUUUAAACCUUUUGUCAAGAGCAUUUCAAAAAAAGUUAGCAUUUUAUAGCAUUUAAGCUAGCAGACUUUUGCUAUGUAAGUUAGCCAAUUGUUCUUUUGUUGUGCAUAGAUCCUCUUUUUUUGAGGCUCAGCUCAGGUAUUUAAAUUUUUGAUGUUCUUUAUCAGAUUACUCGAUUAUUCGAACUAUCUGGUUCAUCGAUUAUUCGAAUACUAAAAUAAUCGAUAGCUGCAGCCCUACAUGACACUGCCAUGACCAUUAAUGAAUGCUUAGGACAGAUGUCAUUUUGUGUCAUCCGGCAAAUUAUCUCACUUUUGAAUGGAUGUAAAAGAUCCGAACUGGACAUUAAUGGAGUUAGUGACAUAAUUUGGCGGAUGAUACAUAAUGACAUUUGUCAUAAGCAUUCAUUAAUGACCAUGAUAGUGUCAUGUCUCAAUUAUGACGGUCGUAUGGCAGUCUUAUAAUGACGCUGUCAAAUAAAGUGUUACCUAUUAACGCAAAAAAAAUCAACUGAUAAGCCGCACUGGACUAUAAGCCGCAGGUUUAAAAAUGAGGGGGAAAAGUAGCGGCUUAUAGUCCGAAAAUUACGGUACAAUUUUUUUUCUUGAUACUAAUGUUACCCAAUUGUUAGGACUUUGCGCUUAGUAUCACAUUCACGUCCGUAUUCAUGUUGAAUAGCGUAAUGGGCAGAACCAAAUUUGAAGUUAUUAUCAUACAACAAUGUUCUAAGUCUCAUUGAUGUUUCUGCAUUGUUACACUCCCCCAAGGUAGGCACAAGGCUGAUGUAUGUGGUCACACGUUUAGGGAAAUGAGAGACUUCAGUCUGAACCAUGUUAACCCCCCACGUCUGCAUCUUAACACACACACACAGAGCAAAGGGAAGUCACGGCAGCAGUGACAUAAAAACGUGAGUGUAAUAUUUUGCAACAUGAAUAUCAUUCCAAUAAAGUUUUACUUGUAAAAUUAGAAUGAAGUUGUCUUUUUUUUUCCCCCUUUGGUGGAUUUAUUGUUUCUUUAAUGUUGACAUACAUUGUUGUAUAUAGGGUGCAAGGAAAAAGAAUUUCCCUUUUCUUGAGUUCUUUUUUUUUUUUUUAAUUCAGAAUUUAACACACACAAUAGUUUUCUAUUGGUCAAAUAAUAAGUAAAAAAAAUGUAUGUAUGUUUGGGGGAUUUGGAGAACCGAGACACUGACGUUUUGCUGUCUAAGUCUAGUUUUUGGGAAAUUAUUAUUUUACAAAGUUACAUCUGAAGUAAUUUGUUUAACCAGGGUG